AAAAAGAAUCUGGUCAACUUUCAUCGGACGCUUUUGCUCAGUCUGCAGCUACGAGAUACUGCGGUGACGAAUGCGGAACAGGGUCUGGCUGUAAUUCGGAUCGUGGUACAGAUCUGUAAAGGGUGUAAGAGACAGGUGGACCUAAAAGUAGGCAUAGUAGUUCAUAGUAGACAUAGACACAGCCAGACUCACCUAAAGCAGUCUUAAGCGAGGGCUUUCUUGGAGUCCAGAUCCAGUUUGGUAUUAAACUUGUCUUCUGUACGCACCAAGUAACCCAGUCAACUUUUUUUCUAGCAUCUUAUAUGAAUUGUAUAUAUAGAGUGUUUUCUCUUAAGUUUUCAGUAUUGCGUGUUUAAAUAUAUACUUCGUCGGUGGAAGAGCACAGUUUUUUAUGUUUGGAUUUGCGUAAGGAUGGUCACUUACCAAAACCAUGGAGAUGACGCGAUACAUUUGAAGAUCCGAGAUGCCAACACGACCACGGACAAGCAACGCAUGGAAGAGGAGGCUGUACAGGAAAAUGGCUCGGAGAAGACACAACGAUGCCAGAAACCCCCGUACUCCUAUGUCGCACUAAUUGCCAUGGCUAUUCAGGAGAGUUCGGAGAAAAGGCUCACUUUGUCAGGCAUUUACCGAUACAUAAUCACCAAGUUCCCUUUUUACGAGAGAAACAAGAAAGGCUGGCAAAACAGCAUACGCCAUAACCUGAGUCUCAAUGAAUGUUUCAUCAAGGUACCCCGGGAAGGCGGCGGCGAGAAAGGAAACUACUGGAUCAUAGACCCCUCAUGCGAAGACAUGUUUGAGAAUGGGAAUUACAGGAGGAGGCGGAGAAUUAAGCGGCCCCUCAGAUCGUCGCCGACCCACUUUCAGUCGGGGAACUCAUUUUUCAGUGAGGAUAGUUAUGGCUGUUUUGCCCCUUCUGGGUAUCUGCAGUCUGGGUUCAUGAAUACUCCCUCGCCGAUCGGGCAGCAGUCCAGCCCGAUAUCCUACACUUCUUGUCAGAUGGCAGGUGGCACCGUACGUCCAAAGCAUGCCGAGGAUGUUUCUCCUAAUCCCGCAUAUAAUCCCUACUCUCCAGUGCAGAGCAUGACUCUGUCCGGCAUGAUGAACACCUACAACGACUGGGGCUAUCCUUAUCACCCUCACUCUCAUCACCUGCAGCAACUGAGCCCAGCCACGGCGGCAUGUCCGUCGGUCCCCUGCGCUGGGGCUCAUACCUUUAACCUGCCGACGCCUGUUAACCUCCUAAGUUACCCCUGAGGCAUAUUCGGGAUCAUGACAGCGCGCAAAAACAUUUAAAUAAACGAAAAACUGUCAAUACUCACCAUUGUAUGGAUUUUCACUCAAGACGUAUCUCAUAAUACUUGAUUUCAGAUCAUGUAAAGAGCCGUGUCUAUACUGAACAUUUCGCAGAGUAUGUUUGAGAUGUUUCAUUCUUCGUUUAUGCAAAGAAAACAUCGAAAGGGAACGACUAACAGAGAGAACGAUAUGAGUGUCUUUGAGUCAAAAAUGCACGCUUGGGAGACAGUUUGCAAUUACUUUUUUAAGAUUCAUAAAAACUACGUGGAUGCUGCUCAGUCAUUGACUUGGUGUUCCGUUAGCAAUUUUUACUUUUUCUGUUGUGUUAAGCUUGGGUAAGUCGAUUUGGCAUUGCCAUUACCGAAAAAACUGUUUAGCAACGAAGUGUUUUGUUUAAAAAAGAAGACAACAGUGCUUAUCAUUUCUUCAUAUUUUUGUAUAAUUUUCAAAUGCAUAACCAAGCUCAUAACGGAAAAAAAACAUUUCGUUCAGAGAAACAUUUAAAAGUUUAUUGCAAACGCUUUCCUACUUGUUGCGUUUCGGUUGCGAAGUAAGACAAUAAAGCUGAAACGAACAAGUAGAUUAAUAUUGAUGUUCAGAAUUGCAAUCAUCACGUGUAUUCUAGAGCGAUUCAAAGGAAUAUGCAUUUAAAUUUGACUGGCAUAUUGUAAAACAAUUCCUAACCUAAACCCUUAUUUAAAAAGCUAUAGUGAUACUACAAGAAACUAUUAGAUCUCUGUAGCCCUGUAUAAUACUCUAUCUAUGAUACUUUUACCUCCAUGUAAUAUUCUGUCUAUAGUAGCGCUGUCUAGUAGUAUUCUACAAUACUUGUGUAGAGCUCUAUUGUAUUUAAUAGUACUGUGAUAGUAUUCAGUCUCAGUAGUAGCUCUGUGAUAUUUUUGAUAGUUUUACUAUAGGAAAUCAAAUAUUUGCCUAAUAAAUUAUGGUGUUCAAUAACUCUUAUAACAUUCAGUCUGUGAUAUCUAUGAUAUUUAUACGUGAAUGUCUUCAGAUGCCGCCAUACCAAAUGAAUGUGAAGUUCAAGUCAUGUAUCAGCAAUCAUUUUAGACGAACUGUAUAGGAAAAGUGAUUUAGGAACAUAACAAAUGGCGUAAUAAAAAUUACAUGCAUAAGUA